GUCAUUCACAUAAAGUUUCUUAUUCUACUACUUAGUACUUACAAUAAAUUUUGUUUAUAUCUUGCUGUACAAACGUUACAAAUACUAAAUAUUUUCUGAUCGUUCCUUUUCAUAGUAAGUUUCAUCUGAAAACCAUAACGCAACUAUGAACUUCUUCAAAAAGGCUCCGACUGUUAAAGAAAUACAAAGACAAAAUGAUCGAGAACUUCGAAAAGCUGGAAGAGAUUUGGACAGGGACAAAGUUGCUCUGGAGAGAGAGGAAAAGAAAUUGGAAAUGGAAAUAAAGAAAAUGGCAAAAGAGGGCAAUAAUGAUGGGUGCAAAAUAUUAGCAAAACAAUUAGUUCAACUGAGGAAGCAGAAGACCAGAAUCUAUGCAGCUAAUAGCAAGAUAUCAAGUGUUCAGAUACAUAAUAAGGCGAUGGGGGCUAACAUUGCAAUAGCAGGUGCGAUGGGCACCACAGCUAAGACAAUGGGCAACAUUAACAAAGUUCUGAACCCGCACCAAAUAGCCAGAGACAUGGAAGCUUUCAAACAGGCUAACGCUAAAAUGGAUAUGACAGAUGAAAUGAUUUCAGAAACCCUAGAUGACAUAAUGGAUGAAUCAGGCGAUGAGCAAGAAAGUGAAGGCAUUGUCAACCAAGUACUUGACGAGAUUGGAAUCGAAAUCAGUGGAAAGAUGGCCAACGCUCCUUCGGUGGCUCGCAACAAAAUUGGUGAUUCAGCAACGGAUGCCGACAAGGAGUUAAUGGCACAACUAGCUAAACUUAAAUCAUAAGUUAUUUAACAGAUUGUUAUUGUUUCUUAGAUGUAGUAUUUGUAUUAAGGGGCGUUUCCUCUAGACAUUCUAAAUCAUAGAAUUCAGAUAAUCGUUUCGGAUAUUUAUUAUUCAAGAUUUUCAUAUUUAAAGGUUUCCUGUGAAAUAAGUCUGUUGUAAAAUAUUUUACGUCCAUAUGCAUGAUAAUGUUUCUUUGUUACUUGAUUAUUGAGUGUAAAAGCCGAACACUGGAACAACCUAAAAUCUAAAUUCCAUUAAACUUUUGAAAAUUCUGAGAUCGGAUGGAGCCCUUACGAAGCGAAGUGUUUAAAAUUCGUUUUAGUAUUCGGCCUUAAUGAUGCUAAGUUUAGAUUUUUCCGAAUAAUAUAUUACUGGAAUAAUAUUGUUGAUUAAAAAAAA